UCUUCACUCGAGGGAGACAUAUAGACUGAAGCAGUUUUAUUUUCUUUAUUAAAUAAUUUUUACUUUGUACUCGCGUAAAAUGUGUAUUGCAAUGCCAGAACAACAGACCAUAACAGUGUCUUCAAAAACUGUAACGAAGAAGUCAGUUUCUUACAGUAUCAAGAGGGUUUUGAGGGCGCUCUUCAAAAAACAACAACAAAAAGACCAAAAAAAAACAAGAUCAUUGGAAUCCUUAGAAUCUCUAGAAAAUCUGCGUAAUUCACAAACUGAAACUUACUAUACUGAAAUUGAAGAUAAUUCGGCCAAUGAGAAACUGGUUCAUUUUAUUUUGGAAGAGUCGGAAUAUCAACAGCCACAAUCAUCACAAUCGCAACUAAAGGAAGAAGGUGUUUAUGUUCCUGUUCGAUUUGCUCGCACCGAAGUCGGGACCUUCUUUUGGACUACAAAUCUACAACCUGUCAUGAGUAUUGCUCCCGCAGUCGACGAAGAUUUGGUGCAACCGGCUUACUGCUACAGCAACAGUCAAUAUCCACAAUUGCAGUUUGGUGAUAGAUGGGCACAGGCUUAGGUUACUUAAAAUUACAAAUUAAUACAUAGCUUAAGAAAAGGAUAACAUUUAAGAUUGUGAUAAGAAUGAUGAUUAAUUUAUAUUAUUUUGUUUUAUAUAAAUCUUAAUAACAUUUAUGUGAUAACUAUACAGCUUUAAAAAGAAAAAUAUACAAAUAUUUUAUUAUAUCUACAAUAUAACAA